CAGACUUGAUGAAAAAUCUGGAUCAUCCCCACAUUGUGAGUCUAAUCGGAGUCAUUGAGGUGGAUCCCGUGUGGAUCGUCAUGGAGCUCCUCGAACACGGAGAGCUGGGCAGCUAUCUGGUGGAGGAGCAGUACACCCUGACCACAGCAACCUUAACACUGUACUGUCUGCAAAUCUGCAAAGCCUUGGCCUACCUGGAAGGACUCAACAUGGUGCACAGAGAUAUAGCGGUGAGAAACGUGUUGGUGGCGUCUCCUGACUGCGUCAAACUCGGCGACUUUGGUCUGUCUCGCUACAUUGACGAACAAGAGUAUUAUAAAGCCUCAGUGAGUCGAUUACCGAUCAAAUGGAUGGCACCAGAGUCCAUCAACUUCAGACGCUUCACCAUCGCCAGUGAUGUCUGGAUGUUUGGUGUGUGUGUGUGGGAGAUGUUCUCCAUGGCCCAGCAGCCGUUCUUCUGGCUGGAGAACGGUCAGGUGAUCAACCAGCUGGAGUUGGGGGUUCGACUCCCCAUACCUCAGCAGUGCCCCCCCCACGUCUACUCCCUGCUGAGCCGCUGCUGGAGCUACGAGCCGAACAGCCGGCCCACAUUCAGCCAGCUCGUCUGCCUCCUCAGUGAUUUCCACAGGAUGGAGUUGGAGCAGGAUGGGAGGAGAGACAGAUCGCGCUCCGUCUCUACAUUUGAUGCUAACAAUCCCAAAGCGCCUCCACCCAAGCCAUCCAGAAUAAAAGGCAACACCCUUCCUCGACUCACGUGCCAACAGAGAACAGAGAGGGACACCAGGCCGGUGUGGGAGAGGGAGAAAGAGCAAGUGGAGAACACUUUACAGCGACAGAGAAGGGAGAUGCUGAUGGAUGAACAGUGGCUGGAGCAGGAAGAGAGACAGCUGGAUCCUGUCGUGCGGGUGGAUUCACACAUCAAGCCUCCUGAAAAAAGAAAAGAAAAUGUUCCUCCAGAGAAGCCACCAAUGCCUCCCACAGUCAUGCAGGCACGGCCGACAGCUGAGCUGGACCGGUCAGGUGACCAGGUGUACACGGGCGUCAUGGCGAUGGUGAAGCAGGUGGUGCAGCUGAAAAAUGACGUCAACACGCUGUCGGCCUCCGAGUACCCCAACGCUGUCAAAGCGGUGGGCAUCACUCUGCGCGGUCUGAUCCAGAGCGUGGAUGAGAUCCUGCCCUCGCUGCACUGCUCCGUCACCACAGAGAUCGAGGGCACGAAGAGGCUGCUGAACAAGGACCUGGGGGAUCUGAUCAGUAAGAUGCGUCUGGCUCAGCAGAACAGCGUCACCUCUCUGAAGGAGGAGUGUCAGCGCCAGAUGUUGACCGCUGCUCACACUCUGGCUCUGGACUCCAAAAACCUGCUGGACGCCGUGGACCAGGCGAGAGUCAGAGCCAACCUGGCCAGGCCCAGACCCGCCUCUCCAGAAGCUGAGGAUUCUGGGGAAUGAAGUUCCCUGUUGAGUGAACAGACUGGAUUUAAAACGAGGACAGGAUGAAUCCGGACUGCUCUGCUCCUGUGAGAGUGUGCAGCACUUCGGAAAGACGUCAUAAUAUAUAUUUGUAUUUUCUCCAAAUAUAAUUUAAUAAAACAGAGCGUUUCUUCAACAUGAACGAAUCAAACUACCACAAUGUAUACCAGAGUUUUA